AUGGAUUUUGAAAGUGAACACACUUGACACGGCUUUCCAGUGCAGCAUGAGCCGGUUUCUGUUGGGCUGCAUCCAGUUGAGGGAGGUGUGAUGAUGGCAGUCAGUGCUCCACUUUUCAAUGACCCGCCUGCACCCCUUGGAGAGCCAGGAGAGCCUUUCAGUGAGCUCUGGAACUAUGAAGUUGUAGAAGCAUUUUUCUUGAAUGAUGUAACUGAGCAGUAUUUAGAAGUUGAACUUUGUCCACAUGGACAGCAUUUGGUGCUUUUUCUCUCUGGAAGAAGAAAUGUGUGGAAGCAAGAACUAGCUUUAUCAUUCAGAGUGUCUAAAGAAGACACAAAAUGGAAAGGCAAAGCUUACCUUUCUUGGACAUAUUUUCCACCAAAUGUGACAAAAUUCAAUUCAUUUGCAAUUCAUGGAUCAAACGAUAAAAGACACUAUGAGCCUCAGCGUGAGUUGCAGGAAGGACAAGAGCCUGACUUCCAUCGUCUAGAAUAUUUCAAGCCUUUCAGUUUUAACACACUGUUUGGAGAUGAAUGGAAGCAACCAGAAUCAGACCUAUGGCUAACAGAGAAACCUGAUGUGCAGGAAAUUAAUAGAUAACAAAUCCUGUAAACUAUAAAUUUCUCUUCACUUUUUAAGAUAAACAAAUAUAAUAACUCUUCAGGCGCCAUGAACAUAUUUCAGCCAAAAACAUUUUCAUACAGAUCACUGAAAAUAUGCUAUCUAUGUAGCAAAUUGUACAUGAUUAACAAGAAAAUGGAAAGAUUGUAGAUGAUUUCAUCUACAGUGUUGAGAUGGUUCUCAUGACUGUCUAAUCCAGUAUCUAGGAUGGUACUGUAGGGGCUGUUGAUUGCUGUGUGUAAGCAUCAUGGAAAGAUUGUAGAUGAUUUCAUCUACAGUGUUGAGAUGGUUCUCAUGACUGUCUAAUCCAGUAUCUAGGAUGGUACUGUAGGGGCUGUUGAUUGCUGUGUGUAAGCAUCAUAUCAAAUGUCUCUUACCCUCUUACCCAUGAACAUCAACCAGCUUGAGAAGAGAUAUUUUAAAGCUAUGUAAUAUAUAUUAAUUCUUCUACUCUGAAUCUUGAUAUUAGAGCAUAGUGACCUAUUAUUUCAGUGGAAUAGAUUUGUAUCUGUUAAGACAUCCUUAAGAUUCACAAAUUAUUAAAACAGCUACUUUUCCUGUCUUAGAUGGAUUUUUACCGUGUAUAGAAAUAAAGUCUUGAAGUUAA